AUGGGCCCUGCAGUAAAACUCUCACUCCCAAGCUUUAGUGGGCGAACAGAGUUUAAUCCUAACCUCCUCAAGUACUCUUGCCAGAUCGAAUGCAGGUUGAGAGCAGUGCAGCCAGCUCAAGUUGUGGGCCCACUUCAUGUGGAUGACGACGAAUCAACUUCCGAGACAGACAUUAAACGAAACCAUGCCAUAUCCGUGAUGCUAUCGAAGCCAAUUUUAGCUUUAGAGUUCAAUUGCUUGAAAAUGAAGGUUGAUGCUCCUACUGUGGUUCCACAAUAA